CCUCUGCCGGCGCCGCGCUCGCUGUAGGCGGCCACGAGCGCUCGCACGUUGAUGCCGUUUUGGGGGUGAACCCGCGCGGCGGCGGCGGCGGCUCCCGCUCCAUGGUAGGGGGUUGCUAGUGGCCGCGGCUGUGCCGGACCUCGUGUGCGCGGCUGCAGGGUGGCAAGGCGGCCGGCCAGCGGACCCCGCUCGCAGCUUGGGUUUCGGGGCGCUGGAGGAGGCCGUCACGGCCACGCGGGAGCGAGAGAUGUUGGAGCUGAGGCACCGGGGAGGCUGUCCCGGCCCCGGGGGGGCGGUGGCGCCGCCGCCCCGCGAGGGAGAGGCGGCUGGCGGCGACCACGAAACCGAGAGCACCAGCGACAAAGAAACAGAUAUUGAUGACAGAUAUGGAGAUUUGGAUUCCAGAACAGAUUCUGAUAUUCCAGAAAUUCCACCAUCCAUGGAUAGAACCCCUGAGAUCCUCAAGAAAGCCCUAUCUGGUUUAUCUUCAAGGUGGAAAAACUGGUGGAUUCGUGGAAUUCUUACUCUAACUAUGAUUUCGUUGUUUUUCCUGAUCAUCUAUAUGGGAUCCUUUAUGCUGAUGCUUCUUGUUCUGGGCAUCCAAGUGAAAUGCUUCCAUGAAAUUAUCACUAUAGGUUAUAGAGUCUAUCGUUCUUAUGACCUGCCAUGGUUUAGAACACUAAGCUGGUACUUUCUACUGUGUGUAAACUACUUUUUCUAUGGAGAGACGGUAGCUGAUUAUUUUGCUACAUUUGUUCAAAGAGAAGAGCAACUUCAGUUCCUCAUUCGCUACCAUAGAUUUAUAUCAUUUGCCCUGUAUCUAGCAGGUUUCUGCAUGUUUGUACUGAGCUUGGUGAAGAAACAUUAUCGUCUGCAGUUUUAUAUGUUCGCAUGGACUCAUGUCACUUUACUGAUAACUGUCACUCAGUCACAUCUUGUCAUCCAAAAUCUGUUUGAAGGCAUGAUAUGGUUCCUUGUUCCAAUAUCAAGUGUUAUCUGCAAUGACAUAACUGCUUACCUUUUUGGAUUUUUUUUUGGGAGAACUCCAUUAAUUAAGUUGUCUCCUAAAAAGACAUGGGAAGGAUUCAUUGGCGGUUUCUUUUCCACAGUCGUAUUUGGAUUCAUUGCCGCCUACGUGUUAUCCAAAUACCAGUACUUUGUCUGCCCAGUGGAAUACCGAAGCGAUGUAAACUCCUUCGUUACAGAAUGUGAACCCUCAGAACUUUUCCAGCUUCAGAGUUAUUCACUUCCUUCCUUUCUGCAGGCAGUGUUGAGACGGGAAACAGUGAGCUUGUAUCCUUUCCAGAUACACAGUAUUGCUCUUUCAACGUUUGCGUCUUUAAUUGGCCCAUUUGGAGGCUUCUUUGCCAGUGGAUUCAAAAGAGCUUUCAAAAUCAAGGAUUUUGCAAACACCAUUCCUGGACAUGGAGGGAUCAUGGACAGAUUUGAUUGUCAGUAUUUGAUGGCAACUUUUGUGCAUGUGUAUAUUACAAGUUUUAUCAGAGGUCCAAAUCCCAGCAAAGUGCUACAGCAGUUGUUGGUGCUUCAACCAGAGCAGCAGUUAAAUAUAUAUAAAACCCUGAAGACUCAUCUCAUCGAGAAAGGAAUCCUGCAGCCCACCUUGAAGGUAUAACUGGAUCCAGAGAAGGAAGGACUGACAAUAAGGAAUUCUACAGAAAGGCACUGACAGAUGAUAUUUUGUAAUUGUACAGAAAAAUGGUUGAACUUGCAAUAGAUUGAAGUUUUACAGACACAAAUGUUUCUUCUCUGAAAUUACUGUGAAUAUUUAACAAACACUUACUUGAUCAAAGGUAGAAAAUUGCUGGCAAAAUAUCCUGUACUUUUUCUAAAGUAUAUUUUCUGGUGUUAAUUCCCUUCCCUUUGCUAGGAUUUCAUAAUUUAAAAGACUUAUAUUUUAAACAGUCAAACACUAUGAAAUGGGUAAAUUGAGAAGGUCCUAAGAUGGCACCUGGUAGUGUGCCCUUUGCACAAUAUUAAUUUUGCACUUGGAGCUACUCUUAAUUCUAGCAAAAUGUUUUAUAUGAGGCACAAUAGCAAGUCAGUUGUACUUAUUCUUCCUCCACUUUUAGUCUGAAGUAUUUUCUGAAGGGCUGAGUUGAAU